GCCAGCCGGAGCGGUGAUUUUGACUUUUGUAUUUGUUAUUGUUUGACGUUUUCGGUACUUAUAGGUGCUGAUUGCUGAUUAGUUACUGAGUUUUAGAUUUGUGGCGCUUCUAUUGAAAUUGCGAGCUUGUGUACAAAUAUAGAUAUGUGGAUGAUUUGCAAAUUGCGAGUGCAAAUAGUUUAUUUGGCUAACAACGCAUUAAAUAACACAUUUUCAUCGGUAAAUUUUUUGGUUUACUUCUCUAUUUACAAAAAUAUUUAAACGAAGAUAUGACCGUCUAUAAUUGUGAUGAAUCUUCGCAACAAAUCAAUAUUUUGCCUGACGAGUUACUAAUAUAUAUUUUUAAAUUUCUCCCACUUGAUACUAUUCUCUGUUGUGAAAAUGUGUGUAAAAGGUGGAAAAAAUUAGCACGCGACCAAGCAUUAUGGAGACGCAUUGUAUUAAUUUACUCUGGUAAACCUGGUCAGAGUGAAGUAAGUGAAAAAAACCUUGAGAUAAUUUCAACGCAUAGUGAGUAUAUUUGCUGUUUAAAAAUACAAUAUGUCUAUAGUUACCCAUCCAUUAAAUCUGUUAUAGACCAAUGUAAAAAUUUAAUUAGUCUCGAAUUAGUAAUGUGUCGAAUUGGGGAAGAAUUUGUAAAUGACAUACUGAACUGGCCUAAAUUAAAAAAGUUAAGUUUAAAAAAUUCUAUUCUGCUUUUAGGUGAUAAAGACUUAAUCAUUCCAUUUGAUAAAUUUAAACAUUUAAAUUAUCUAGCUUUGUCUGAUUUUGGUUUGUAUUCUUUUAAUUGUGACACAUUAUUGCAAUGUAGCCACCUCAGUCAUAUUUUAAUUGAAAAAGUGAAAAACUUGGAACCCCAUUUUAUAAAAGAACUGAUCAGCUCUCAACAGAAAAUACUAGAGACUUUUCAUAUUUAUGGUGGAAAUUCUGUUGAUGACAAUUCUUUCAAACAGUUAUCAAAUUGCCCACAUCUUAAAGAUUUGGCUAUAAUUAGGUGUGAAAAUCUGACCGAUGCAGGACUGGUCACCUUAAUUUCUUUAAAAAGUAUAGAGCAUGUACAGUUAUGGAAUAAUACUAACUUUUCUGAAUUAGCUUUGCUAAGGACUCUAGGAAGUUCUACAUUCAUAAAUUUACAAAGCUUGAGUCUAUCUCGAAUACAAAAUAUCACUCCUGUAAUAGUUGAUCUUAUAUCUGAAUAUUAUAAGAAUCUUAAGUUUUUAGCCUUAUAUCAGUGCCCUAGAAUAAUAAAUACUGAUUAUGAGAAACAACUUAAAUCAAAAUUUAGAAAUAUUGAUGUAGUACUUUAUUAGAAAUGAAAUUGGAUGACACUUAAAGAAAAGACAUAAUAAAAUCCACAAACUAAGUAUAUUCACAGUAUAAACAAUGGCAUUGUAAUAAAUGAGAAAAAGUUAAAAUAAUAACAAAUAUUUCACUAAAGUACUUUUUUACCAAGAUGUUGAUUUUGUUACAUUAUAAACAUUUACAUUUACAAUAUGUUGUACUAAAGAAACACAUCUAGGUAACUAUGAUUUGCUAUAGUCAUAAGCUUAUGAUAUAAUUUCAAUGUAUAAUAAUUAUGUUCCUGCUUUUCUAUUCCUAAAUAAAAGCAUUUUAACAUAAUAAUGCAAGAGAGUUUGUUUCAUCAAGAAAAUCUUGUAGUAAUUUUAAGCUAACAACUAAGUGCUACCUGUUAAAGGUAGGUAAUAAUUGUCUGUGACAAGCAAGCUCUCUUGCAUAAAUACUUUUUGACAUGUCUUAAAACAUUGAUGUUAAGAAACAAAUAUUUGUUUGUAUAAAAUUAUUUUUCAGUGAAUUUAAUAACCUAAUGAUAAUAAUUCAUUUAUGAUUAAUGUAAGUGUGAUGUGGUUUCAUUAAGUGAUCAUAUAUAUUAUUUUGUUUUUAGUAAACUUAUGUGUAAUACAUAGUUAUUUGUAUGUGUAUAAAGAAGUUUUAUAACAAUAUAUAAAAAUAUAUUUUUACAUCACUUGUAGCUAUAUUUAUCACGGCAACCUCAAUUUCAUCCUCCAUUGUUCUGUUGUAUUUUUUUAUAAUUCUAAAAACUUACCUGAAGAAACUCAAUAAGUUUUAUAAAAUAUCUAAAAUGUUACUUCAUAAAACUUGAUCAUAAAGACAUAAGACAAGCAAGACCCAAUAAAAUAUAGAAACAGUACACUAAUUUUUGUAAGAACAUAUAGUAUUAAGAAACUUACUUAAUUUUUUAAGUUUUAGAAGUUUAGAUAUAUUUAAAUUUUAUUUAUAAUAAGUUAUUUUGAGAAGAUGCAUCUAUACUAUUAGUAUUACAACAUUACGGAUCACAAUUAUUUUUCUAUUUAUUUCUAUGAAAGUUUUCGAAAUUUAAUUUAGAUUGUUCUAGCUUUUUUUCUGUACAUAUUCCUUUUUGGUUUAU